UCUGGUAUUUUUUUUUUCUGUUGUAAAAUAUUAAUCACGUUUUGAUUUCGCGAGGUUUCCUAAAGUGAUUUUAAACUUAAAGCGAGAAAAUUAAAAAGCACAGUGUUUCCCCCAUGCUGGCCAUAUAUUAUGCGGCUUGAUAAAUGGCGUUUCAUACAAUUUCUCAAGUGGACUUCUGCUAGCGCACGCUCGCUCGGUGAAGCAAAGGAGGUUGAUCCUGAUAGGAGGAGGCGUUUAUCGGCCAUUGAUGCCAUUUUGAAUAAAUUCACCAGCAACCCGGCUUCUAACAUCAGACUAGUCGGAGGACAUACUUCAUACGAGGGUAACCUUGAGGUUCGUCUUCGGAAUGGGAGUGCCUGGGGCGCCAUCUGUGAUGACUCCUGGGACGAACAGGAUGCAGAAAUGGCAUGUCGGACCCUCGGCUUUCAAGGGUCGAUGGGUUCCACCACGCUGAGUUACUUUGGGGAUACAUCAGAGGACUAUAAUCUGGAUGAAGUCCGGUGCAAGGGUCGUGAGCAGGAUUUCUUCCAGUGUUCCCACCUGCCUUUUGGUCUACACAACUGUGAGAAAGGGGAGAUCGCUGGCGUAAGAUGCAUACCAGACAUUCGUCUACGAGGCAGUAAGAACAUCCGUGAGGGUCGAGUCGAGAUCAACUAUAACGGGGACUGGGGUACGAUAUGCGACGACUCAUGGGACAUCUCCGACGCCGGUGUCGUCUGCCGCAUGAUCGGGUAUCCUAACGCCACGGCGGCGCCCAUGGCAGCACGGUUCGGUCCCGGCGAAGGAGAGAUCAUCUUGGAUGAGGUUCGGUGCGAAGGAUCUGAAAGAACAGUUCAGAGUUGUCCUCAUAAAGGAUUUUUGGAGCAAAAUUGUGACCAUGGGGAAGAUGCCAGUGUGAUAUGCGACCUCAGUAAGAUGAAAUUUAGAAUUAAUUGUAAUGGUGAUAAUUAUAGUUCUUAUUAAGUAGGAAAGUUUGUUUUGCCACUGGAUAAAAGCAUGUUGCAAUGUUCCUUGUGGUUCAGGGUCAGAGUUCAAUCAUGUACAAGUUAGCAAGCACUGGGAGUGUAAGUUCAGUGAAGCUCUCAUCAUCAUCAUCAUCAUCACUAUCAU